AUGACAUCUCAUAGAAGUCAAGAGAGUUUGAAUACAACUCCAGAAAUUCAACUUCAAAUAACAAACAAGCUUAAAGAGAUAUUUGGUGAUGAUGAUGUCUCUGUAUUAACAGAUUAUAUAUGUCAUAUGUUAAGUCAUAAUCAACCAAGAGAGCAUAUUAUAAAUGAACUAAAAGAAUUCUUAUCAGAUGAAGCAACACAAUUUGGGACAUGGGUUUGUGAUUUUGUAGAAUCUGAAUCAAUAAAAAAUGUAGAGAAUAGUGACAAUAUAUCAAUUAAAGAAAAAAAAUCUAAUGAAGGUAAUUCACUAGACGAUGCUAUUUCUAGUGUCAUAAAGGAUAAAACAAUGAGUGGAAGGUCUAUGGCAAUUAUUGGAGCUCAAAGAAAUAGGAAUUACAAAAAUUUACCAACAAAUACUUUUGGAAAUAAAUUUCCGAAAGUAUAUAAUUAUAGAAGUGCUCCAUAUACUGGUACAAUUGGUAAUCAAAAUGGAUUAGUUGGUAGAUUUUUACAUCCUUAUAAUCAGGUUUCAAAUACUAAUAACCAAACUGGAGGGCUUACAAAUUCUGGAAAUUCAAUACAAACAGGAGGAUCUAUUCAAUCAAAUAAAAUAAAGAUUAGAUGUAAAAAUUGGCCAAAUUGUGAAUCAGGUGAUCAUUGUCUUUAUAUACAUCCAAAUGAAGCUUGUAAGCUUUGGCCCCAUUGUCCUUAUGGACCUGGAUGUUUUUAUAUUCAUCCUGGUGUACCAUGUAGGUAUGGUUUAAGUUGUUACAAUACAUUAUGUAAUUAUUCUCAUCCAAAUGGUUGGGAUCCAAAUCAUAUUGAAGCUCCAGUUUUUAAAUAUGGAGGAUAUAAGAAUACAACCCUUAUAAUUAAUAAUAAUAAACGUUUAAACAAUGAUGGAAAUAGAAAUAAUGAGGAUAAUAAUAAAGUUAUAACUAAUGGAGAUGAUAUAAAUAAUGUUAAUAAUAUUAGUAAAAAGUCUGUGAUAAAUAGUUCAUUAGCACUAGUAACAGAUACAUCUUCAAAUAUACAAUGUAAUUCUACUGAUAUAAUGAAUACUGAUGUAAAUAAAUAA